AUGAUGUCGGAUAAAAAUUCAUGCGACAACAAUGGAACAACAACUGGACAUUCUUCACCUCCAUCUAUCAUUUAUCCACAAAAACCAACAAGUACUAAUUUUGUUCAUUACUAUCCAAGUUAUGAUAAAUCGUGUCCAAGAAUUUAUCAAGUUAUUAAUAAUGAACAUCAUCCAUCAAACGGUGUGUUUAUUCAUGAACUCAAUCAUAUUCAACAAGAACUAGAAGCUGUACGAAUAUCAGCAAUGCAACGAUAUAAACGUUUACAAAUUUUUAAUAAUCGUAUUAAUUCAACAUUGACAAUAACAGCCACCACGUCCACGACUAAUUGUGACAUAGAUAUAGCAACUUUGUGGGAACAAACAACGAUUCAACGAGAUGAUGAUAACGAUCGAGAAUUACAUGAUAUUGAUCGAAAAACAGUUUAUAAUAAUCGCGGUUCGUAUUCAUCUCGAGGUCGACCUUUUCGUGGAACAUGGCCUAGAGGUCGUAAGAGAGGAUCAGGACGAGGAAAAGGUCGAGGACGUGGAAGAACAUUAAGGAUAAUAAAACGUGAACGAGGAAGUCGCGGUGCUUACAAUGGAUUUCUUCCAUCAACGCCCAUCACACACAUAAUAUAUCCACCAUCACCAACAAUACAACAUCAACAAAAUGAAUCAAUUGGUAAUUAUACAAGACAACGAACAUAUCGUACUUUAACUUCAACAACAAAUGGUUAUCAUGAUAUUUUAACGCCAAAUCGAAAUGGUAAACGAUUAAAAAUAAAUAAUACACAUAUAAAACAAAUCGUUCCCGAACAAUUCUGGAUAAAUUUAACAUCAACUAAUCAUCGAUUUGUUAAUCAAAAUGAUAUUGAUGAGUUAUAUUCAUUAGUAAAUUUUGAUGAAAAUUUUUUUCAAACUAUUCAACUAUUAUUAUCAUUCUCAGAGGAUGAACAGGAGAAUAAUAAUUCUAUACAAUUUCAGUAUGAAAACUAUAAAGAAUUAUUAAAUAAAAAUCAACAUCUUGAUUUAAUAUUACUUCCUUCACAAACAUUUUUGAAUCCAAUUUUCUCGCAUUACCUUCAACGUUCGAUUGCAGUCAAAUAUAAUCAUAUUUUCAAAAGAAAUAUUGAAUCUAUAUUAAAUGAAGAUGAUAAUAUUAAUGUUAAAAAUAAAGCAAUACAACAAUCUUCGAUUUAUACUAAAAAUAAAAAUCAUAAUUCUUAUACAAACCAUUUUACUUUGGAUAAAGAUUUAAAAUCAACAAAAAAACGAAAACGUUCAGCAUCACCAGUAAAAUUAAAAUCAUCAACAAAAAUAGGAUAUGAUGAAAUAAACAAGACAAGAGCAACAAAAUUAAACGAAUUAUAUGACCGUUUACGUGAAUGUAUAUUUAUUGAACAAAAAGCUCAUGAACGUGCUAAACAUCGUUUAUCUUUUGAUGAAGUCAAUCAACAAAUACAACAUAUAGAUAAGAAAAUUAGUGAUAUUAUGUUAUCAUGCCGAUAUCGAAAAAAGAAUAUUUUAGAAUCUAAAACACCAUUAGUUACCACUCAGUCAUGGCGUCAACGUCCACGUAAAUCAACAUUAAGAUUAUAUGAUGAAUUAAAACGUUUACUAAAUGAACGUACUAUAUUAGAAGCAAAAGCAAAUUGUAUCCAUGAAAGUUAUUUAAAAUUUAAUUAUACAUAA